UCCUGAAACUUUCGAAACGCACAAACGCCUUACGCUUUAACUCCUGCAUGUUGACGUUUAGGGCGGUUGCUUUAUUACAAAAAAGUGGUCUUCCUCUUGAAAUGAGACCUGCUUUUCUUCUAUAUAUACAUACGUAAACCACUCAAUCUCUCUAUCUCCUGCAUUGCAUGAGCUUCCUUCCUCUAUAUCUCUAGUACUUCUAUCAGAGAGGCAGAGAACCUCAUACCCAUAUUUUUGUGUGUGUGUGUGUGUGUGUGUGUGUAUUGUAUGUAGCCAUGAAGGGAGGUGAAGAAUGGCAAGCAGCAGCGAUGAUGAUAGUAAUCAAUUGUGCUCUAGGUGUGGCAAACGCGCUUGUUAAGAAGACACUUGAUGGAGGACUUGCGCAUAUGAUAGUUGCCACUUAUCGCCUCUCAAUUUCCACCAUUUUUUUAGCACCCAUUGCUUACUUUUACGAAAGGAAAACUAGACCCAAGCUUACGUUAACCAUCCUGUGUCAACUUUUCUUCAGUGCUCUACUUGGGGCAACCCUUACACAGUAUUUCUUUCUCCUUGGACUUAAACAUACAUCGGCUACGUUGUCCUGUGCAUUCAUUAGUAUGUCGCCGGCGGUCACAUUUCUAAUGGCUCUGGCUUGCAGAAUAGAGAAAGUAAAAGUGAAAAGCAAGGGAGGAAGUAGCAAGAUUUUAGGGACUCUAAUUUGCAUAAGUGGAGCCCUAUUUCUUACAUUCUACAAAGGAAUGGCACUCACCAGUAACGCUGCUCACUGGCAAGCCAAACACCAUGCCACCACCAAUUCUCACAUCAAGGCACAGAACUGGGUAGUUGGCUGCGCACUCUUGCUGGCUGGCAGCAUAUUUUGGUCUUCGUGGUUCUUGAUCCAAGCCAAGAUUAAUAAAAGAUAUCCAUGCCAGUAUUCCAGCAUUAGUAUCCUCUCCUUCUUUGGUUCUAUCCAAUGCGCCCUUUUAAGCUUCAUCAAUGAAAGACACAUGAGCCACUGGAUCCUCAAGGGCAAAUUCGACAUUCUAACCGUUAUAUAUAUUGGUGUGAUAGGACAAGGUGCUUGCACAGUGGGGAUGUCGUGGUGCAUAAAGCAAAAGGGACCUGUUUUCACCUCAACGUUUACGCCUUUAAUGCUCAUAUUUGCUACCAUAUUCGACUUUCUUGUCUUGCAUGAACCAAUCUAUCUUGGCAGUGUUCUGGGAUCGUGCUUUAUCAUAAUUGGUUGUUAUAUUUUCUUGUGGGGCAAGACAAAAGAGGCUGAACAAUGUGCCACGAAGCAAGCUCAAUUACCCUGUAUUGAAGACUUCGACCAAGACAGCAGUGCAGUUCCCCGAGUUAUCCCAGUCACUCCAUAGAUACAUACAUAUACACAUGUAUGUCUGUAUGUACGUGUACGGUAUCAACCCAACUCAAGCUCCACCCAUAAUAACAGGCUCUUCUACCUUUUAAUCUCUAAAGGCUAAUAUAUUUUCGUGGCAGCUACCUAUAUUAUAUAUAUAUAUUAUGUGUAUGUACGUUGAUAUAUAUCACGUUAUUUGUUCCCCACAAAGGGAAGACGUUGUAUUAUCAAUUGUUCUUGUUUAUAUCAUGAAUUUUCUUUAUUAA